UCAUCAUCAUCAUCAUCAUGGCCGCCAAGUCUGACGGCGUGCUGAGGAUGAAGAAGAGCGACGUGGCCUUCACGCCUCUGCAGAACUCUGAACACUCUGGUUCUGUCCACGUGCUGCCGCCGAGUCUGAGGACCGCAGACUCGGACUUGGCCAACGGCGGAAGUGGCGGCUCGGCGCGCCCAGACCGGAACCAUCAGACGAUGUGGGAGUGCCUGUGGAUCCUGGCCGCCAUGCUGGUCUACGUGGCGGACGUGGGCACGGACGUGUGGCUGGCGGCGGACUACUACGUGCAGCGGGACUACUGGUGGUUCGGCCUGACCCUGGUCUUCGUGGUCCUGGGAUCCUUCUGCGUGCAGCUCUUCAGCUUCCGCUGGUUCCUGCACGACCUGGUCCCCGAGGACGAGGCGCCGGACCCGCUGGACGCGCUGCUGGGCGGGGAGGUCAGUCCGCAUCAGCCCCCGCAGAGGCAGGCGUCCACGGCCAGCAGGACCACCAGCACCAACACCAACACCACCACCACGCCGAGGACACCACCCGCCUCACUCUCUGUCUGCGUCUGCGCGUCUCAGGCACUCCUGCACAUCCUGCACCUGGGACUCAUGUGGAGGUACCUGACCGCCAUCUACCUGGGUGUGCGCAGCCGUCAGAGCGGUGAGACGCAGCGUUGGCGUUACCGCUGGAGGAUGACCUACCAGUUUGCUGACGUCAGCAUGCUGCACCUGCUGGCCACCUUCCUGGAGAGUGCUCCGCAACUGGUGCUGCAGUUGUGCAUCGUCAUCCAGACCCAGGAACUGCUGGCCGUGCAAGGCAUGACGGCGGGCGCCUCCCUGGUGUCUCUGGCCUGGGCCCUGGCGUCGUACCAGAAGGCGCUGAGAGAGUCCCGCGACGACAAGAAGUCCAUGGGCUACCUGGCCGUGGUGGUCCAGUUCUGCUGGCACUUCUUCACCAUCGCGGCCAGAGUGGUGACCUUCGCCCUGUUUGCGUCCGUCUUCCAACUCUACUUUGGCAUCUUCAUCGUGCUGCACUGGUGCUUCAUGACCUUCUGGAUCGUGCACUGUGAGACCCACUUCUGUGUCAGCAAGUGGGAGGAGAUCGUCUUCGACAUGGUGGUGGGAAUCAUCUACAUCUUCUCCUGGUUCAACGUCAAGGAGGGACGCACCAGGUGUCGUCUGUUUAUUUACUACUCUGUGAUCCUGGGGGAGAACGCCGCCCUCAGUGCAUUGUGGUACGUUUACCGCGCUCCCGCCGCCACCGACUCCUUGGCGGUGCCGGCGCUGUGCGUCAUCUUCAGCAGUUUCCUGACAGGGGUGCUGUUCCUGCUCAUGUACUACGCCUUCUUUCACCCCAACGGCCCACGCUUCCCGCACUCGCCCAGCCGCCAGCGCCUGGACCCGGACGCCGCCGCCCACUUUUCCGCGCUCCCGUCCGAGGGCGCCGCCGACUCCCUGCGCUCCAACCCGGGCACCGCCGCCACCACGCUGGAGCGUGACGCCAAGCACUCGGAAAGGGACGGCUGCGUGCCGGUGUUCCAGGUGCGACGCGCCGUGCCGUCCACGCCGUUGUCUCGCGCUCCUCGCCUCGAGGAGACCGUCAUCAAGAUUGACCUGUGCAGGAACCGCUACCCGGCCUGGGAGCGCCACGUCCUGGACCGGGGCAUACGCAAAGCCAUCCUGGCCAUCGACAGCUCUGUGACGCCGCGCCUGCAGUAUAAGGAUGACGCUCUGGUCCAGGAGAGGUUGGAGUACGAAACCACGUUGUAGUGCGCAGCAACGACGACUCUGGCAAUAAAAGGUUCCUACUGGUCUGAAGGAAGAUGGUGGACCUGCUCUCUGCUCUCAGGAGAGGAGAAUCUCUUUUUUUUUUACCGAGUCUCAUCAGGGAAGUCCUGUGGGAUACAAGCCAAAACCUGAGACCAUGUGUUGAUCCAGGUUGGUCGGGGUCAGCACAUCCAGGAUAAGUUGUUGGAUUCAGACCCUGAGAGAACACUUUGAUCUAGGUUGGUUGGGAUCAACACCUCCAGGAUACGUUGUUGUUGGAUUCAGACCCUGUGAGAAUACUUUGAUCCAGGUUGGUUGGGGUCAACAUAUCCAGGAUAAGUUGUUGUUGGAUUCAGACCCCGAGAGGAUAUUUUGAUCCAGGUUAGUCGACUCGGGAUCAGCACAUCUAGGAUAAGUUGCUGUUGUAUUCAGACCCUGAGAGGAUAUUUUGAUCCAGAUUGGUCGACUCGGGAUCAACACAUCCUGGAUAAGUUGCUUUUGGAUUCAGACCCAGAGCGGAUGUUUUGAUCCAGAUUGGUCGACUCGGGAUCAACACAUCCAGGAUAAGUUGCUGUUGGAUUCAGACUCCGAGAGGAUAUGUUGAUCCAGGUUGGUCGACUCGGGGUCAACACAUCCAGGAUAAGUUGCUGUUGGAUUCAGACUCUGAAAGGAUAUGUUGAUCCAGGUUGGUCGACUCGGGGUCAACACAUCCAGGAUAAGUUGCUGUUGGAUUCAGACUCUGAAAGGAUAUGUUGAUCCAGGUUGGUUGGGAUCAACACAUCCAGGAUAAAUUGUUGGAUUAUGUUCCUGCUCUCAGUGCCAAAAAACCUUCUGCUGGUUUUCCCACAAGUGUCGACUUUUUAAGAUCCAGAACCAGGAGAAAAAACUACUACAUCUUGGAAGAACUACGGUGUCUCAUUUUAACUCAUAAGAAUCCACUGAAAACUGUUGAAAUAUUCUACUUUACAGGUCUUCAACUGGAGGUGCGGGACCCGAGUUCGUGCU